UAGUUAUCAAUAAAAAAUACUUUCAAUCGAAAUCAAGCAUUUAUUGGCAUUUUCGGAUAGAUCAUCAAAGUGACAUCUUCAUCAAUAUGGCAGAGAAUUUGACUGAAGAACAAAUCGCCGAGUUCAAGGAGGCAUUCUGCCUGUUUGACAAGGACGGAGAUGGGACCAUCACCACAAAGGAACUGGGAACCGUCAUGAGGUCCCUGGGUCAAAACCCUACCGAGGCUGAGCUACAGGACAUGAUCAACGAGGUGGACGCUGACGGAAACGGAAGUAUCGAUUUCCCGGAGUUUCUGACGAUGAUGGCGCGAAAAAUGAAGGACGUGGACCAGGAUGAGGAGAUCAGGGAGGCGUUUCGGGUGUUCGAUAAAGACGGAAACGGAUACAUCAGUGCUGCUGAGCUGCGUCACGUUAUGACAAAUCUUGGGGAGAAGUUGACGGACGAGGAAGUGGACGAGAUGGUCCGGGAGGCGGACAUUGAUGGUGACGGGCAGGUCAACUAUGAGGAGUUUACGAAGAUGAUGACCCAGCACUAAGUGAUACUUCGACGAUCAUUCUGAGAUCCAAUCCUGUGAUGUUUGUCAACAUUGUGAUUUCCGUACAGGACAUUAUAUUUUUGUAUAUUAUACAAAAUAAACAUUAUUCACUUAUUUGAUAGAUUGUGAUUUUUGAAAUGUUGUUGUUUUACAAAAAUAAAUCUGGUGAGAGCUACA